CCCUCAUCACUCCCUUCCUUGAUCUCCUCUCUCUCUCUUUCUCGCCAGGAGGGCGCCGCCGCCGCCACCAACGCGCCACGCAGCCGCCGCCGCGCCGCCGCAGAUCUCCGCCGCCGACGCGCCGGCGCCGCUGCCAUGGAGUACGAGCGCAUUGAGAAGCCGUUCCCCGUCCAGGGCGGCGGGUUCUCGCCCAAGCGGCUGCGCGCGAUGCUGCUCGGGGUGGACAAGCGCCGCAAGGGGCAGGACGACGCCGAGGAGGAGGAGGACGGCGGCGACUACGGCGCCGUGCCCAGGGCCCACGCCAGAUCCGACGCCGGCGACGGUGGUGGAGGCGCCAUGUGCGAAGAAUACAAGGACGUCGACGUGGUGAGCACCAUCUCAGAGUCCUCAUCCUCGCUGGAGACAGGGGGCGGGCACCGGUCCCGAGACGCCCACCCCAUCCCCGUGGGUUCCAGGAUCAGGGUGCCUGAAGAGGACUCGUGUGACUCGGAGAGUGUGGCAUCCAACUUUGAGUUCCACAAGGAGCGAGGAGCCACUGCCCGGUCAGCGGCGGCGGCAUCGGUCGUCCCUCCAUUCUCAAAGCCUGCCCCAUCAAAGUGGGACGAUGCACAGAAGUGGAUUGCCAGCCCGACGACAAACCGUCCUAGCAGGGGUGGCGGUGGGGCUCCUGUUCCUAAGAAGAUUGAGAAGCCUAGCGCUGGCAUCGGGAGGUUGCCGGCGACCAAGGUUGUGUUGGAGGCAACAGAGGAGAUAGAUACUAAGAGGAUUGAUCCGAGCCAAGAGAAGAGGGAAAUUGGGUGGCAGAAAGCGGUGAAUUGGGCGCCGCCCGACCCCUGUCCCGAAGUGGAGCCUUGUCCAAAGACUACACUUGCUGCAGAAAGUACAAUGGCUGCUUCAGCUGUUACUUUUAACCGUCAUGAUGCAUCCACCACGCUUCAAAGUGCAACAACAUGCAUACCUCCUCCAUCAACAGUUCGGUCAGUGUCAAUGAGGGAUAUGGGCACAGAAAUGACUCCUAUUGCAAGCCAAGAACCAUCUCGAACAGGAACACCGGUGAGAGCAACAAGUCCAAAUUGUUCUCGGCCAACAACUCCACGAAGGACGCUAGGCCCCAACGCAAUUGGUGCUGUUAUCAGCCAUGGGGAAUGUAGCAAUUCAGAAUUAAGUGAACAGGAACUGCAAACAAAAACUAGGAGGGAGAUAAUGCUUCUUGGCACACAGCUAGGUAAGACCAGUAUUGCAGCAUGGGCAAGCAAGAAGGAAGAGGAAAAAGAUGCAUCACUUUCACUGAAAACAGUGCCCAUGGACCAAUCAACACAGAACAUAACUGCAAUCCGUGCAGCUGCAUGGGAAGAGGCAGAGAAGGCCAAAUAUUUAGCAAGAUUCAAACGAGAAGAAAUCAAGAUCCAGGCUUGGGAGGAUCAUCAGAAAGCCCAAAUAGAAGCUGAAAUGAGAAAAAUUGAGGUUGAGGUAGAGCGGAUGCGUGCCCGUGCGCAAGACAAGCUGAUGACCCAGCUCGCAUCGGCAAGGCACAAUGCAGAUGAGAAGCGUGCCGCCGCAGAGCUGAAAAGGAACCGUGCAGCCGCAAGGACGGCUGAACAGGCAGAGCACAUCAGGAGAACCGGCCGGGUGCCGCCUUCGUUUGGCUGCUGGAACUGGUGCUCGUAGGGAGGGAAAAAAAGCAUGGCAAGUGACCUCUCUUCCCUGCAGUGAAGCGCCUCCCACCCAUGAAAGAUGAAGCAUGUCUAUAAGCACUAGCUAAUGAUAUGAAUCAUGGCGUCGUAGAACCUUCCUUCUGGAUUGGUUGAGUAGAUACGUGACACAAGAACGAGUCUCUUGUAAGUUGUUACUAUAUAUACAUAUGUAAGAUGCGAGCUCCAUGUGUCCUGUGCUGUGUAGUUACUUUAAGUGUCACAGAUGUACCAAAUUCAAGGUCAAGUGUGGUUCAGAGCUAGGCUCAGCUUGGAUUCCUAGUCCAUAUAUGUGAUAUAAACUUUACACCAAGA